CCUCCUCAUCCUCCUCAUGUCCAGCGGUUUAACGAUGGAUCACGCUUUCCUGCCUCGGUCCAUGUGGACUGGUGACGGCAAAUUCCUCCAGCAUCCAGCGGACCUCUACAGCAGCGUGCUCGUUACGCGCAGCAUCCCUGCAGGCACGUGCUUUGGUCCAUGUGUGCUCCAAAACACUUUCUACGAGACCAUCGCCUUCAUAGCUCAGAAAUCCUGCGAUAAGAGAGCGAAAUCAUAUGUGUUCAGGGUGGACCCCGAGGCCAUGCGUAACUCUGCGCUGGUGCUGUCGUGGCUGCGGCUCGUGCAGGCUGCGCGCAACGGAGAGGAGCAGAACACAGAGGCUUUCCUCAAAGCGGGUCAGCUGUACGUGCGGACCAUCCGGGACAUCCGGCAGGAGGAAGAGCUGCUGGUGUGGUACGACCAGGAGCUGUCUCACCUCCUGGGCUUCACAGAGAUGACCAGAGGACCAAGUGAAGAAUUCAAAUGUGGAAGAUGUAACCAGGUUUUUGAGAACGAGUAUCCUUUCCUGGCUCACUGCCGAUUCCUGUGUACUCAAGUGAAAACUGACACCUGGAGCCACGAGAUUUACGAGCACAAGCAAGUGGAGAUUAAGAGGCAACGCCGAGUGACAGAUUUCCACAACAUCGCCAGAGAUUUGGAACACAAAAAAUCUGGCAGCAACGAGGAUGCAGAGAUUUUCCCCAAGAGAAGGAAACACGAAGAACCUCUCUGUCCCAGAGGGCGGAAAACGGUUCUGUUGGAAAAAACCAACAUUUCGAAUGAUGACAAUAUUACACCGCUGAUUAAGGGCCACGACCAGUCGGGAGGAGAGGCAUCUUCCUCUGCGGGGAAACUGAAAGCUGAUAAGACUAAACCGGAUCAUUUAGGAUGUAAGAACGACGUGUUUACGCACGACGGAGGGAUGGAAACAGGGGAGGGCUCUGGCUUGCACUCAAGAGGCAGCAGUGCAUUUUCUCUGGUCAUGUCCAACAAUCAGGGCGAGAUGAAAAGCGCUUUCUGUAAACCAAGUAAAAGAACUUCCCCUAUUGACCCCCAGAUGCACCUCAGCAGUGCUUCAACAGCCCCCUCUAGCCGCCUAGAGGAGAUGACUGAUCACUUCACCCCCAGGACUGUUAUGGGAUACAACAAUCUGAUGGCAUCCAACAUCCUGAGCAGUGACUUACAUGCUCAUGUUCCUUCCCCGGUUGCAAUAAACAACGCUUUCCAUUACGCACCGGAGCACUGGUCCAGGAGCAUCGGCGUCCAGUUGCAGACCACAUCUUCUCUCACGGUCCUCCCCCCGACCUUCACCUCCUUCGGCGUGUCGGUGCAGAACUGGUGCGCCAAAUGCAACCUGUCCUUCCGCAUGACCUCCGACCUCGUGUUCCACAUGCGCUCUCAUCACAAGAAGGAGUUCGCUGCGGAGUCCCACGUGAGGAGGAGGAGGGAGGAGAAACUCACCUGUCCGAUCUGCCACGAAUACUUCAGGGAGCGACACCACCUCUCCAGACAUAUGACUUCUCAUAACUGAGACAAGAAGGGAGAAAAAAAAAAUGAAAACUUAAUAUAUUUCCUGAACAAUGCUCGUAUAUUUAACAGGUUAAGACUCCAGAUUCAAGGCGAGACUUUGGUGAAUGACAGUGAAUGUAGGUAGAUGUAAAGAAAAAUAGCAAAAAAGGGGGACACACGUGAGCAACACAGACUGUCCGCUAGAUGGCGAUAGAGGAACGUUUGAGCUGAUCUCACUGCGGUUUGGUGUCUGUCCUUUAGCCCUGUGUGUUGUGUUGAUGAUUAUU